AGUGCAGUGUCAUGGUGAAGCCUGAUUGCCUGCUCUGCUCCUACUAAUGUUUCUGGCACUUCAACAAGGAUGUUGGUGUUCCGUUUGUCAGUGAUGAUCAAGCUUUUCUUCCAGUUGGAUGCAUCUAUUUGUCCUGAGAAGUGUGACUGCUCUUCAAAAAAUGCAAUUUAUUGCUCUGGCCCCCACAUAAAAGACCUGGAAUUAUUAAAUCUGCCUUGCAACAUGACAGAAAUUCACAUAACAAAUGCUAACGUAUCAUACUUACAGGAUGUUUUUGCUAGGAUGGCAGAACUGCAGCAUCUCAUCCUGUCUUCAAACAACAUCGCUCUGGUUUCACCAAUGGCUUUUAAAGGCUUGGGAAGGCUAAAAGUUCUCAAACUGCUAGAUAAUAAGCUGGUUGAACUUCCCCCAGAAGCAUUUGAUGACAUGGUGCAGCUUCAGCAAUUGAUCAUUGAAAGUAACAGGCUGAAAUCUGUUGUGGAAAAUCUGUUUGACAAACUGGCUGGUUUGCAGGAACUUUAUUUGAACAAAAACCAACUAACAGCACUUCCCAGUGGUGUGAUGAAGAACCUCACCAAACUCAGAGUACUGAACUUGUCAAGAAAUUACUUAGCAGCAUUGCCUAGAAAUAUAUUUAGUGCAUUAGCCAGGCUUGAGAGGCUGAUGCUGUAUAUUAAUAGGCUGUCUUCAAUAGAGUCUGGUAUAUUUGAUAGCCUGAAGGAGCUGCAGGAGCUUUUCCUGCAUUCCAAUAAUAUCCAUUCCAUUGCUCCUGAUGCAUUUAAUUGUCUUUGCAAACUGAGAACCCUGACACUCUCCAGAAACAGACUUCAGGUUUUGCCUUCUGGCCUUUUUUUGCACUUACAUGACCUGUCUAAACUGACCUUGUACAGGAACCCACUGAAGACUCUUCCAGAAGUGCUGUUUGGGGAGAUGAGGCAUCUUGGUAGCCUUUGGCUAUAUCACACAAAGCUCUCCACAAUACCAGAUUUUGUGUUCAGUAACUUGACAAAUUUAGAGCUUCUUGUGCUGAGUUUUAACCCAGAGCUUACGGUUCUUCCUAGGAAUGUAUUCAGUGGCCUGACUGAGCUGCGGGGCCUUUCUCUCCAUACAAGUAAUAUUUCCAUUUUGCCAGAGGGAAUCUUUUUGAGUCUUCAGAAACUGCAGAACAUUUCCCUCUUUGAUACAAAGCUUGAGGUUCUUCCUAGAAACCUCUUUCAUAAUCUCAAGCACCUCCAGAAAGUUUACCUGAAUAGUACUAACCUGCAGUCUCUCCCUGCAGACUUCUUUACUGCUUUACCUGAGCUGGAAGAAGUUGUCCUCGAUGACAACCCUUGGAAAUGCGAUUGCCAAAUUCUUGGCUUCCGAGAAUGGCUGCAAAAGAGCACAGCAAUAGUUAAAAAUGUGCCAUCUCUGAUGUGCCACAGCCCAGUGGCACUGCAGAAUACUUCUCUUGUGUCUCUAAGCAUCGAUGACCCAGAGUGCCUGCCAACCACAGCUAUGACCUAUCAGACAUUCAGCUCAACUUAUUCCCAGACUUUGACAUCUCCUGUGGCAGAGCACUUCACAUCAUCUCGGGAGACUGCUGUAACAGUGCUGUCUGACAUGGAAAUCACCAGCACACCCACAUCAAUUCUUUCUGCAGCUCCAGGUUUUACCUACUCCCAUGUUGAAGAUGUUGGACAACCUGGGUUACAUUUCUCAGAUGUUCCUGUCCAAGCUUCUCCCAGCAUUAUAGCACGAACCAACAGUGUCAGAGGGACAGAUUUAACUACUCUUGUCUGGUGGGAUGAGUUUCCAGCCCACAGCAGUGCUAAACCCUAUUUUAAUACCAGAGUUACUUAUUGCCAGCUAUUCUUGUGUGUUCACUGUUUGAUUUUAACACUCCAGUCUGUAGUCAUUGUGCUCAGUCUGUAUGUGAUAGGUAACACCAGGCAACUCUUGCACUCCAGAAAUAAUCCUGCUCAGCCUGUAGUUUUGAUAAGAAUAUUAAGAAGAUAGAGAAAUC